CCCACCCCAAAGAGGUUGCCUCGAUAACUCCCCUGGGGACUUUCGGGCAGAUCACGUGCCCUUACCUAAUCAAGAAAUUCUCCCAGCCAAUCACUUCUUGCACCCCACCCCAAACCCAACUUUCUCCCGGGUUCUCCCUUUUCAACCUUAGCCUGCCCAUCAUCAUCAAUCCAAUCCGCCAUCAUUCAAUCCCCCCACCAUUCAACCAAUCAACCACGGAGGAAGAAAAAAAAAUACGUUGACGAUGCCCCUCUCAUCCCUCUUCUCAGACAUCUAUACGUCCCUGACCAUCUCCCCGGUGAACGCGGAAGCCCCACCGGUCGAGGAGCACGAGGGAUCUUCGGAUUUAAAAGCGGAGGAGAAGAGGUCCGCCGAGCCAGAACCCAAAGAAGAGGAAUCAGCUGGGGGAGGUGCGGAGACGGAGGAAGAAGAACCGGAGGAUGUGAUGGGAGCUAUAACUGAGGGCAUAAUGCUCCGAGUCAAAAGAAUGCAAGCCAGCAAAGCAUCAUUACGGCGACGAAGGAGCCGACGGAGGAUUGUGUGGAGGAUCUUCCACCUGAUGCAUUGCUCCGCGCAAUGCGCUGCUCCAAAGAUCUGGGCGAAACUGAAGUAGUAGGCCAGCCAGUCUAUGAUACUUGACUGCCGAACACCUACUCCAGAAAAAUUCCUUUUUUUACAAACAAAAAAACCGACUUGCAAUUGGGGCUGGGAUAGAACAAUUGAUAGAUGUGUGAAUGGGUGAGGACAGCAUAUAAAAAACCAACUUUGUACGUAGAUACCGAGAGAGAGAAAGGUCACGGUUCGCCUACUUCUAUCCUCGAGCGGUACCAGUAUCUCGAACCG